AUGGCCUUCAAAUACGAUCCUAUGGACAUUGAUGGAGUCUCUCACAAUGAGAACGAAUUCUUGAGUGAAGACGACGAAAUGGACAUUGUUCAUGAGCCAGUUAUCAAACCAGCAGAAUCUCCUAUGAUCUCGCUAUUCUCUCAACACAAUUACAAAAAGUCUAUAGAGAUAUGUAAUGGCGUUUCCAAUUUGUUUGGCAAGGUCUCUAUCAAUGACGCUAAAAAUGAGGCACCAAAAGACAGUGCUACGCAGAACAAACAAUUGGUUUCAACGCAAACUCCACCAUUGUCACCAGAAAGACAGUGUCUAUCAGUGAGUGUUAUAGAGCACCCUACAACUGAAGGAACAAACACACCUGUAUCACUUCCAAAUUCAUCAGGAACGCACACUUCCCCAGCUCAUGAAUCGACUCUCUCGACCACAGCUGGUAACCCCACUAGUCACUACAAUCCUGCAACCAACUACCAUUACAACCCUGCACCCAACUAUCAUGCCACUCAUAAUCCAACUAUUGUAUACCAUGCCGCUCCACCCGUCGAUGCCAACCAUGGCCGUGUGGUAUAUAUGCUUGGGAUAUUCAAGAUUGUAUGUUACUCUGUAGUGUUUUUCUCCUGUAUGUUUGUGGGAUAUCAUGCUAUAUUGAAUUUGCAUUAUGAUAUGGUUUCUACGAUUGAAUCCUAUGAAUCGGAUCUUCUCACUGAUCAAUUGUAUUGCCGGGAACAGUACGAUGCCAAUCUUUGUGGACCUAAUACGCGACUCCCUGCUGUCAAAGACCUUUGCAGAGGUUGGGAACAAUGCAUGAUGCGACCACUCAGUGUUGGAAAGACCAAAGUGAUGGCCGAGAUCAUAGGCGAUGCUGCGAAUGGAUUUUCCGAGAUAUUAAGUUUAAAAACCAUGAUCUAUAGUCUUUGUAUUGUGUAUGGCUUCAUGUGGUCUUUUACUCAUAUCAUCAAGGCAAAUUCAUCCUCUGAAAACCAUCCAUCACGACCACAAUUACCCAACAAUUCGCCUCCUAUUGAUCAAUCUAGAUAUCCUCCACUUGAAUUCUCUCAAGCCAGCAUUGUAAAUAAAUAA